AUGAAUGCACUCGAGGAGGCCACAGGAUUUCUUCACGAGAUGCCUGCAUACGUAUCGUGCAAGCACCACGAGGACAAAAAUGCAUCUUGCUUCUUGAAAACGUGCCGGUGUGCUGUUCGUGUUCAAUUUCCAUACAUCAAAAACUACAAAAUGGUUCUAAACAGCGACGAAGAACGAUUCGGCGGUCACAAUCGUCUGCAGUUCGGUUCCGAGCAUCACACCUUCCCUGAAGGUUGGAAUGGUCGCCGAAAUCAUCUAUGCGUCUAUGCUCCAUCACGAACAUGCCUUGUUCUGAGACUCAAAUAA